AUGCCUGGUAUCUUGCCUAUGAAAGUGAUCAAAGUCGGUGGGACUGGCACAACGAGCCGUAUCGCCCAAGCCUGUGACCGAUGCCGGAGUAAGAAAAUACGUUGCGACGGUGUUCGACCUUGCUGCUCGCAAUGCGCCAACGUGGGCUUCGAGUGCCGCACCAGCGACAAACUGAGCCGCCGUGCCUUCCCACGUGGAUAUACCGAGUCGCUCGAAGAGCGAGUUAGGAGUCUAGAAUCCGAAGUCAAAGACUUGAAAGACCUCUUGGAUGAGAAGGACGAAAAGAUCGAUGUCUUGUCCCGGAUACAUUCGUUUACGCCACCGCAUCGAGCCACCUCUGCCCGGUCUCCCUCUGCCUCUGCGACAGUGAAGUCGACCACUUCGGAUUCAUCGGGUGGGGUGUUUCAUGUACAGCGAUCGAUGGCCCGACCAUCCCGGCAGUCGGAGAACCCUUUUGUAGGCUUUUCUAGCACACUGGGAUUUGCUAAUGUCUUUACCGAUAAGCUUGUCAGUGAGGGCAAGUCGGCAACAAAGAUUCCCAUAGGGGCGCUUACUGCCUUGUCUACCUCGGUAUUCCAGAGUUCCACUAACCAGGCCGUGAAAACACCACCCCGCUUGGUGUCGGACCAGCUGAUCAACAUCUUUUUCCAAGAAUGGGCGCCGCUGUACCCUGUAGUACAUCGUCCCACCAUUCUGAAAGCUUACGGCCAGUAUCUCAACAAUACUGGGACUCUCCGGCGCGAUCCCCAUGUGAUGGCGCAGUUGAACCUGAUUUUCGGUAUCGCUGCACUUUCGUCAAUCUCGCGGACCAACCAAGACCCGACUUUCUUCGAAGAGAACUGGUCAGCCACCCUUGAUUCGCUCUCUAGUGAAACGUCAGUUUCCAGCCUGCAGUGCUUUGUUCUUGGUCAGAUCUACUGCAUGACCAAAGGCGACUACCGCACCUUGCUUCGCUAUCGUGCCCUUGGUGUUGAUAUAUGCCACCAGCUCGGCAUGCACGAAAACCAAGAAAGCUCGACCAAUCCGCUAGAUGACGAGACUCGUAAGAAGGUUUUCUGGUCGCAAUAUGUGCUCGACCGCUUCUGUUCCGCACUUACUGGACUGCCGGUCCUUUUGCGCGAAGAGGAUAUCGAGACUGAGUAUCCGGUUGAUGCGGACGAUGAGAAUGUUACAGAAACAGGGUUUUUGCCGACCCUUCCUGGCGAAUCCACUCGGAUAUCCAGUGCCCUCGCUCUCUUCGGAGCUGCAAGAAUCUUGAACAAGGCUUUGGAGGAUUUGUUCCCUUCAAAAUCUGGUUACGAUGUGUACGUUUCAAAGAUGCGCUCAGUGGCAGGGCAAUUAGAUGAGUGGCUGUACACGUUGCCGCCACAUCUUCGUCUCGAAUUCAGUCAGGACAAGCCUAGCACAAACGUCACGAGUAGUCGGUCCCCGCUCCUGUCACUUGUCUACUAUUUCAUUCGAUCUUUGAUCCAUCGCCCGGCUGUCUGCUACGCCGACGGGAACAUUCGCUCUCCGUCUGCCCUAGUGCUGAGCGACUCAGCAAAGCAUAUCAUUCAGAUUCUUGAAUUGCUCGAUGAGAGGCGUUUGUGUUUGUCUGUUUGCAUUAACAGGAAAGAGCUUUUAUUCUUUUCCGGGCUUGGACUCCUUUGGCAAAUGCUUGAUGUGAAAAGCGAUAGCAAACUGGCCAAGGAUAGCCAGAAAUUGCUUGGAACCGCCAUGCAGUACCUCCAGUCAGAGUCGAGUGUAGCAGCUUCUGAAUUCGGCACGCUGUCUAACGCCCUGGUUUCUGUUGACGACGGAAGACGCUCAUCGAUGAGCAAGCAGCACCACCCGGAAAUGGUAGCACCAACACAGAAGCCGAACAAAUCCCCCAAGAAGCACUUACAGGCCUUGAAGUCUCGCCUUAUCGCAUGCUCCACCCGUGAUAAGCAACCUCCCAGCCAACCUUCUCCGCAGUCCUCUCGACGGAACACAAUCUCUGGAACCACACCCCCACUUAUGGCCCAGUCGCUCCGCUCUCCUAGUUGGAGCAGCCUGCCCCUCUCUCAACCUGACUACCUUUCCGCUCCACACUACCUCAGCGACAAAGGCCACUCCCCCUUGGACCUAGCUUCAGACCCCCGCCUAGCCGUAUCCUUGGGCUACGACCACCAACGCUCCAUGUCCUGCUCUACGCCCUCCGACCCCACAGCUGGCGCCAUCACAAUGGCUGACUGGGAAUAUGUACUGAGCGACAUGGACCGCGGGUACUCCAACAUAUUCACAGGCAUCUACGGCGGCAAAGAAUGCGGUGAAGACCCGGGUCCGUUCGCCUCUAUUGCAGCAGAAUACGGCCGCAAACCCAACGACUCAUCCCUUGUCAAUCACCCGCAGAGUGAUAUCCAUGGCCUCUCGCCCGAAGCGUGGUCCGCCAGUAGUGGUGACUUCGUACAUAAGCAAGAACAUACUACGCAGAGCGUUCUGAGCUAUUCGAGUGAGAGUAUGGGGAGUACUGAGGAGUCUCUGGCGCCCUAUCCCGAUGUCCGAGUCUGUCCUGAGGAUAUCAAGACCAUCGAUCCUUUCCAUGGUUUUGCUAUGCAUGGUGACGAUGAGGUUGAUGAGUUUUCUCUGGUCAAUGGCUGGGACCGACGGCUGGCCGUCUAA